GGCCCAUUAAAUAAGAACGAACUCGUGAUUUUCAUUUCGUGCUUCUUCUUCUUCGUUCCUUCACUCCUUCGUAACAGUGAAGUACCCAUUGCAUAAACCCAAAACCCUAAUCUCUUCAUGCUUCACUCCCAUCAAAUUUAAAUCCAAAUUCAAUUUCAAUUUCAAUUUCAGUUACAAUGAGUUGCAGAAUUUUACUUUCACUUCGUUCUUCAAGAAUCGCAAUCACAAAACUCAAAUCAAUCACAAAUUCCCAAUUUUCCACUAUUCUCUUCAAUCGACUUCCCGUUUCUUCAAUCUCCGGUCACCGGAAUCUCCAUUCGCAUUCCUCUGAACUCGGUAACUCGUUAAUCGACCCGUCACUAAAAAUUCACUUAAACGACAAUGCCGCUCACCAAAACGACGAUGAAGACGAAACCACGAACGAGUUUCUCUCACGAUUCGCUUGGAUAAUGAGGAAAAAAGUGAAGGAAGUGUAUCCUGAAUGCGAUAAAAGUACUGUAGAUGGAAUGCUAGUUCUGAUUGUUGAAAGAGUUGUUUCAGAAAUGGAAAAAGGUGGUGGUGGUGCUGAAAAACCGGUUUUUGAUUCAGUUGAUUUCAGUGAGGAUCUUUGGAAGACUGUGUGGGAGGUUAGUAAUAAGGUUUUGGUUGAUAUGAAUAAAGAGAGGAAGAAGGAGAAAAUGAAGAGUUUUUUGCAAUGUGAUGAGGUUAAAGAAAUGUGUAGAUUCGCCGGUGAAGUUGGUAUUCGAGGCAAUUUGCUUAGAGAGCUUAGGUUUAAAUGGGCACGUGAGAAAAUGGAGGAACAUGAGUUUUAUGAGGAUUUGGAGAAAUUGAGGAAAGAGGGACAGGUUAUUGAAGAAGGAAUAAAACAUGAAAGUGACACCGAAACAGAUGUUGGUGUUCGUGUUGAUGGUAAUGUUGAGGAGAAGGGUGAGAAUAAGGUUGUUGGGCUUCCUAAGAGGAAGGGGAAAUUGAAGUUUAAGAUUUAUGGACUUGAUUUAUCUGAUCCUAAAUGGGAACAAGUGGCUGAUAGGAUUCAUGAGGCAGGAGAAGUUCUUUGGCCGAAGGAGGCGAAGCCAAUAACUGGGAAAUGCAAACAAGUUACCGAGAGAAUUCUGGCGUUGAAGGAGGAGGAUGGAGAUGAUAGUUUGUUAACCCUUUUGGCUGAGUGGAUAGAGCUUCUGCAGCCUGCUAGGGUUGAUUGGUUCAAUUUGCUUGAAAGGUUGAAAAACCAGAAUUCUCCUUUGUACUUCAAGGUGGCAGAAAAGGUAUUGACUGAAGAUUCUUUCCAAACAAAUAUAUCUGACUACUCUAGGCUUAUUGAUAUGUAUGCUAAAGAGAACCGCAUUGAUGAUACUGAGAGAAUGCUUGAGAAGAUGAAUGAAAAUGGUAUACAGCCAGAUACUUCGAUAGCCAGUGUGUUGGUCCACAUGUACAGCAAGAUAGGUAAUCUUGAAGGUGCAGAAGAGGCAUUUAAAAUCUUGAGUAGCCAUGGUUUCCAACCGGACUCCAAAGUUUACAACUCAAUGAUCAUUGCCUACAUAAAUGCUGGUGAACCUACAAAGGGUGAGACACUGAUGAGGCAGAUGGAGACAAGAGAUAUUCAGCCCACAAAGGAAAUAUACAUGGCAUUGCUUCGAUAUUAUUCUCAAUGUGGUGACUUUGAUCGUGCCUCGCGAACUUCUACAUCUAUGCAAUUUGCAGGACACCAGCAGACUCUGGAAACAUGCACCCUGCUUAUUGAAGCAGCUGCAGCUGCAGUUGACUGUCACGUAGAAAAGGUAAGCUCCAAUUUUGACCACAUGGUACAACUUGGGCAUAAGCCUAACGAUAGGUGCGCUGCUGCCAUGAUUCGUGCUUAUGAGAGGACAAAUUCAUUAGACAAGGCAUUGGAUCUUCUUUUAACGUUAGAGAAGGAUGGGUUUGAGCCUGGGGUUGCAACUUAUUCUGUUCUUAUGGAAUGGAUGGCUAAAAUGCAGCUUGUCGAUGAGACUGAACAGAUUUUAAACAAAAUUGCUCUGCUGGGUGAAGCUCCUCCUUUUAGGGUUCAAGUUAGUCUCUGUGAUAUGUAUGCAAGGACUAAAAUGGAGAGAAAGGCUCUUCAAACCCUAGGUGUUCUGAUAGCUAGGAAGGACGAAUUACGAGAACGUCAGUUUGAGAGGAUUAUAACCGGCCUUAUUAGUGGUGGAUUUUUGCGGGAUGCACAAAGAAUGCACGAGAUCAUGGAAUCACAGGGUUUCAAAGCAUCUGGACUGCUUAUUUCAGCCCUUAAAUCUGGCGACUUACCUUGCAGUAUGAGGUAAUUUAGGGGCUCAUGAGUAGUGCCGUGUUUGUCUUUUUCUGCGAGCUGGCCAACAAAUCAUCUGCCUUAUGAAGGAAGCCAUGGUCUUGUCUUAUAGAUUGAUCAUACCAUGUAACCAAUAAAGGAUUUUAGUUUAUGCUUGAUAAGUUCUUAGUUUCUCAAUUGUAUCAUUUUUAUGGAUUUUACCAUGGUUACAUGUUUGCAAGUGCUCAGAUUACAACAAUUUAUUUCUCUUAUUAUUCUUUUGAA